CAGAGAGGACAGAGAAGUCGACUCUGAGCUGAGCUGCUGCAGUUUUUACAGGAAUAAUUUGGAUCCAUCACAUCGCAGGGAAACCUUAGGCUACAUAUUUGUGCUGCAGGACUACAAAUUCCUCAGCUGGCAGACUGCACCAGGAGUCAGCUGACGAGUAAAAAAAAAAAAAAAAGAAGCGAGGAAACAGUGUAGUGUUGUGGAGAGAUGAGGAGGAAGUAAAAGAGGAGGGUCCAUGAGGCUCUUGAAGCAGCAGGAAAGCAGAGAGGGGGCUGGGCUUCUCUGAUAAUGCUUCUUGCCAAUAAGGACUUUCGCAAUGCUUACUUUGACCUGUGGACUUUAGACAGCUUCAGCUCCAGUUGCCUGCAAGAGAGGGACACAAAACGCAUGGUGACAGUGCAGUGAGGCAGCCGUCAGUUCACCAGCACAGGAGCUGACAUGCAGAGUGUACCGGAGGAGUGGAGGGAAGGACGGGAUGACAGGGAAGAAGGAGGAGGAGGUGGAGAGGGGAUGCAUGGGAAGGAUGGGGAGAUGUUAGUCAAAAGGAGAGUGGAUUCAGAAGAGAUGAAGGGAAGCUGGAAAAAGAAAAACGGGGUCGAAGAGGUGGAGGUCACAGAGAAAGAGUCGCUGAUGAUGGAGCUGACCAGGAUGGUGCAGAAGAUGGUGAAAGAGAGCAGCUGGUGGGAGAGGAGGGGGAUUGACUGCAGCAUCCUGGCAGCAGCCUUCUUCUGUUUGCCACCCGCCUUCCUGCUGUUGGCCUCCUCUCAGCUCCUGUGGUUUUUGGCGGGCAUGCUGCUGAUGGGCGUGGCUCAUGCUGUCAUCACUAUCAAGGGAACACAUCUGGCCAGCCACGGGGCUCUGAGCGAGUCGCAGGCCUGGGGGAAGUUCUGGGCCGUCUUCUUCAUCGAGAUUUGUGGCUCGUUCUCAGCGCGAGCCGGCGUGCAGGGCCACAUUAAGAUGCAUCAUGCUCAUACUAAUGUCAUUGGACUGGGUGACUCCAGCGUAUGGAAGGCCCCCUUCCUGCCUCGCUCUGUCUACCUGUUCAUAGCUCCCUUGGCCGUGCCUAUCAUCACACCACUUGUUGCAUUAGCUCAUCUCAAAGGACACUCUCUGGCUCACGUCGUUCGGACCGUUCUGAUGAUCACGCUGGGCCUGUACUCGCAAUACUGGCUUCUGAUCAACGUCUCCGGGUUCAACUCGCCUCUCGGUGCUUUGCUUUGCAUGCUCAUCUGCAGAAACACGUUCACUGUGCCGUACAUCCACGUCAACAUAUUCCAGCACAUUGGCCUCCCCAUGUUCUCCCCGACCGGCCGACCAAAGAGGAUCUACCAGAUGACCCACGGAGUCCUGAACCUGCCGCGUAACCCUGUGCUGGACUGGGUCUUUGGACACUCGCUUAUCAACUGCCACGUGGAGCACCAUCUAUUCCCCUUCCUGUCUGAUUACAUGUGUCUAAAGGUGAAGCCCGUUGUGUCUAAGUAUCUGACCGAAAAGCAGCUUCCAUAUCAAGAGGACAGCUACUUCUCCCGCCUUAGCAUUUUCUUCCACAAAUACCAGGAGCUUAUGGUGUUUGCACCGCCGAUCACAGAGCUGGUGGGAGUGCAGUGAUGAUGACGCA